AUGUCAUCAUCUGUACCAUACGACCCAUACAUUCCCAACCAGACGACAGGAGAACAGUCUGCGUCAAGAACCGCGGCUAUCCAAGCGCAAAUCGACGACACGGUGGGUGUCAUGCGAGACAACAUCAAUAAGGUUGCCGAAAGAGGCGAGAGGUUGGACUCGAUCGAAAACAAGACUGACAACUUGGCCAUCAGUGCCCAGGGGUUCAGAAGAGGUGCUAACAGAGUGAGAAAAGAUAUGUGGUGGAAAGAUAUGAAGAUGAGAAUGUGUCUCAUUUUGGGGGUUAUUAUUGUGUUGAUAGUGAUCAUUGUGCCUAUUGCAGUUCAUUUUUCAUAG